GCCGCCGCCGCCGCCGCCGCCGCUGCCGCCGCGGGUCCUGCGCCGCGUCCAACCCGCCCCGCCGACCCCGGCACGACCCCGCCGGCCCCGCCCGCCAGGCCCCGGGGAGGGAUGCGGCGGCGCGGCGCCCAGGAUGCCCCGCAGCCCCGGGACGCGCCUCAAACCCGCCAAGUACAUCCCCGUGGCCACCGCCGCCGCGCUGCUCAUCGGCUCCAGCACCCUGUUCUUCGUGUUCACGUGCCCGUGGCUGACACACGCCGUGUCCCCGGCCGUCCCCGUCUACAAUGGCAUCAUCUUCCUCUUCGUGCUGGCCAACUUCAGCAUGGCCACCUUCAUGGACCCCGGCGUCUUCCCCCGAGCCGAUGAGGACGAGGACAAGGAGGACGACUUCCGGGCGCCACUGUACAAGAACGUGGACGUGCGGGGCAUCCAGGUCCGCAUGAAGUGGUGCGCCACCUGCCACUUCUACCGCCCGCCACGCUGCUCCCACUGCAGCGUCUGCGACAACUGCGUGGAGGACUUCGACCACCACUGCCCCUGGGUCAACAACUGCAUCGGCCGUCGCAACUACCGCUACUUCUUCCUGUUCCUGCUGUCGCUCAGCGCCCACAUGGUGGGCGUCGUGGCCUUCGGCCUGGUCUACGUGCUGAACCACGCCGAGGGCCUGGGCGCCGCCCACACCACCAUCACCAUGGCCGUCAUGUGCGUGGCCGGCCUGUUCUUCAUCCCCGUCAUCGGCCUCACCGGCUUCCACGUGGUGCUGGUCACACGGGGGCGCACGACCAACGAGCAGGUGACGGGCAAGUUCCGCGGGGGCGUGAACCCCUUCACCCGCGGCUGCUACGGGAACGUGGAGCAUGUGCUGUGCAGCCCCCUGGCCCCCCGGUACGUGGUGGAGCCGCCGCCCCGGCUGCCGCUCGCCGCGCGCCUGAAGCCGCCCUUCCUUCGGCCCGAGCUCCUGGAUCGCGCGCCUCCGCUCAAGGUCAAGCUUAGCGACAACGGGCUGAAGGCUGGCCUGGGCCGGAGCAAGUCCAAGGGCAGCCUGGACCGGCUGGACGAGAAGCCGCUGGACCUGGGGCCGCCGCUGCCCCCCAAGCCGGAGGCUGGCACGUUCGGCGGGGACCGGCAGACCCCACGCCCGGGCAGCGCUGAGAGCGCCCUGUCGGCUCAGAGGACCAGCCCCCCGACGCCCGCCAUGUACAAGUUCCGGCCGGCCUUCCCCGCGGGCCCCAAAGCGCCUUUCUGUGGACCCGGCGAGCAGGUCUCGGGUCCCGACUCCCUGACCCUGGGGGAGGACAGCAUCCACAGCCUGGACUUCACCUCGGAGCCCAGCCUGGACCUCCCGGACUUCGCCGCGGGGGGCGGCCUGCACGCCCCCUACGCGCCUUCCCCGCCGCUCGGCGCCGCGGACACCUUCUCGGGGGCCCUGCGCUCCCUGAGCCUCAAGGCGGCCGGCCGGCGGGGCGGGGACCACGUGGCCCUGCAGCCCCUGCGCUCCGAGGGCGGGCCCCCCACGCCCCACCGCGGCGUCUUCGCCCCCCACGCCCUGCCCAACCGCAACGGCAGCCUGUCCUACGACAGCCUGCUGAGCCCCGCCUCACCCGGCGGCCGCGCCUGCCCGGCCCACCCCGCGGCCGGGGGCCUGGCCGGCUACCGCUCGCCCUACCUGCACCCCGGGGACCCCCCGCGGCCCCCGCCCCGCAGCUUCAGCCCCGUGCUGGGCCCCCGGCCCCGGGAGCCCUCGCCCGUGCGCUACGACAACCUGUCCCGGACCAUCAUGGCCUCCAUCCAGGAGCGCAAGGACCGUGAGGAGCGGGAGCGGCUGCUGCGCUCCCAGGCCGACUCGCUCUUCGGCGACGCGGGCGCCUACGACGCGCCCGGCUCCUACGGCCUGCAGCAGGCCGCCGGCGCCCUGUCCGAGGGCCCCCGGGGCCCCGCCGCCCGCUAUGGCUCCCGGGACGACCUGGUGGCCGGCCCCGGCGGCGCCGGCUUCGGAGGCGCCCGCAACCCCGCCCUGCAGGCGUCCGUGACCUCGCUGUCCGGCGUGGCGGCCGCAGCGGCCGGGAGCCGGGCGCCCAGGACCUCCUCCUCCUCCCUGCAGGCGGACCUGGCCAACAACAACGCCCCGGGGCCCCGGCCGGGGAGCGGCCCCCACCGGUCCCCCCUGCGCCAGGGCGCCCCCUCCCCGCCCCCCAGCACGCCCCGUUCGCCCUCCUACGUGGGCCCCAAAGCCGUUGCCUUCAUCCACUCGGACCUCCCGGAGCCGCCGCCCUCGCUGGCCGUGCAGAGGGACCACCCUCAGCUGAAGAACCCCCCGAGUAAGCUUAACGGGCAGUCCCCGGGCCUGGCCCGCCUGGGGCCCACCGCCGGCCCCCCGGGCCCCGUCACCAGCCCCGCCCGGCACACGCUCGUUAAGAAGGUGUCCGGCGUGGGCGGGACCACGUACGAGAUCUCCGUGUGAGGAGUGACAGCCACCCGCCCGCCCGCCGUGGCACGCCACGGGGACCUGGACCACCCCCCGGCGGCUGCCCCCCACCGGCCCCCGACCUCUCUGCCCCGACAGAGGCGGUGGCCUGGCAGGUGUGGACGCAGCGGCAGGAGAGAGAACCACGCCGCCUCACGUCUGUCCCUCGUCCUCCUCCUGUCCACCCCCUUGUCUGCUCGCCGGGGUGCGGCCAGGCCCCGGGCCACCGGCUGCAGGAUCUGGGCCUUGAGGGUCACCGAAUGCAAAUGUGUGGACUGCACCCAUGUCCCCUCGAUGGCCCCCAGGCCAGCCCCCGCCCAGGCCCUUUCUAGAAGGGUCACGGUGGCUCAGAAACGGACAGAGGGUCUGGGUCCCGGGCCAUCCCCCCCCGGACGGAGGGCCCACCCACCGCCUGGCUGACCCUGACCUGCUGCCUCUCAGGGACCCCCUUGGGAGACGUCUAGGGUGGCGAGGUCGCUUCUGCGGGGAGGCCCGCCCCCCGCCCGCAGCCGCCCGGCUUCCAGGGCUCCUCUGGGUUUUGACGGACAGGUGGGUGGACAGACGGACAGACUGCCAGCUGUGGGUGGGGUCCUGGCUCCGUGUGUCCCCGUGUCUAUGCGCUGAGCUGCCAUGCCUCGCCCCUCGCCCCACUGCCGGGAACCUCGCUGUCAUUGAAGCCUUAACCUCUGCUUUAUGCUCUUGUGGUGGCACCGGGGGCCGGUGGGAGCGGGCACAGGCCGGACGCGGCGCGGGGGGGCCUCUGAGACCGGGAGUCCCCCCCCCUUCCCUGCCACGCGAGGCGGCCCUGCCCGAGGCCUGCAGAGCCGGGCGCCAGAGCCUCGGGCCUGCGUGGGAAGCACACAGGGAGGUGGGGCGGGCGGGGCCAGGCUCUGCCCGGCGCCCGGGACCUGAGAGUAAGCACACAGCAGUGUUGGCUUGCGUUGUGUCUGUUUUAUGUUUUUAUAUCUACAUCUAUAUAUAUCUCUAAUUUUAUUAAAAAAAGAAAAAGAGUCAUUUCGAUCCUUUCC